ACUGUUACUGUUACUUUUAGUAGUUAACUAGUCUUUAACAUAAAACUGUUACAUUCAUAGUGGGGAUUGAGGAACGUUUGUCAGUAAGGUCGGUUAUGUAAUUUUGGGAUAUUAAGAUUGGCAGUUGGUUAGUGAGUCUUUUCCCUAUGCACCUCUCUCUCUCUCUCUCUUCUUCUUGUGCUCCUUCUAGAGGGAGAGGGAGGGUAUGUCUUAAACAGACACAUUGUAUAUUUGCACUUGUUCCAGAACAGUAAUGAUUCUAGUUCUGGGUUUGUUCGAUUAGUUUCUGUCCUGUUGAUUUUUUUAUUAAUUUUUAUUAUUUAAAUUUUUAUUGAAAGCCAAGUGAAUAAAAAUGUCAAUGAAGAGUAGAGUAGGAGGAGAGAUUGCUACUAGAAAUUUUAUGCCGAGGAACUUGGCAUUUUUCCUUUGCCUUGGUAGCUUUUUGGCUGGAAUGUUCUUCACUAACAGGAUGUGGACAGUGCCAGAACGAUUGAACUUAGAAUCUGGGAAUUGUGAUCUGAAGCUUAAGGUUGCAAAUCAUAAAUACAACAACAGUCUAAGGCAAGUUUCAAAGACCCAAUAUGAGAUCCAGGCACUAGAUAAUAGGAUUUCAACUUUAGAGAUGAAAUUGGCAGCUGCUAAGGCAGAGCAUCAAUCUUUGUCAAAUGGCUCCCAUCCAUCGGGCAACUCAAAAAGAAAAUAUUUUAUGGUAAUAGGAAUCAACACAGCUUUUAGCAGUCGGAAGCGAAGAGAUUCAGUUCGUGCAACUUGGAUGCCACAAGGUGAGAAAAGAAAGAAGUUGGAGAAAGAGAAGGGUAUAAUCAUUCGCUUUACCAUAGGUCACAGUUCAACAACUGGUGGCAUUCUUGACAAAGCUAUUGAAGCAGAAGAAAUGGCGCAUGGAGAUUUUCUGAGGCUGGAUCACGUUGAGGGCUACCUGGAGUUAUCAGCUAAGACAAAGACUUACUUUACUACUGCUCUUAAUUUAUGGGAUGCAGAGUUUUAUGUCAAAGUUGAUGACGACGUUCAUGUGAAUUUAGCAACCCUUGGGAUGGCUCUAGUUGGACAUCGUACAAAGCCACGGGUUUAUAUUGGCUGCAUGAAGUCAGGUCCCGUACUUGCUAGAAGAGGAGUAAGAUAUCAUGAACCGGAGUAUUGGAAAUUUGGAGAGGUCGGAAACAAGUAUUUCCGCCAUGCUACAGGACAACUUUAUGCCAUAUCGAAGGAUUUGGCAACUUACAUAUCAAUAAACCAGCGUGUGCUGCACAAAUAUGCGAAUGAAGAUGUUUCACUUGGAUCCUGGUUUAUUGGUUUAGACGUGGAGCAUGUGGAUGAUAGAAGACUUUGUUGUGGUACACCGCCAGAUUGUGAAUGGAAGGCUCAGCUAGGCAACAUCUGUGCUGCUUCAUUUGAUUGGAAAUGUAGUGGGAUUUGCAAGUCCGUUGAGAGGAUCAUGGAAGUUCACAAGCGCUGCGGUGAAGAUGAAAAUGCUCUAUGGACUGCGAGGUUCUGAUAAAGACAAGUUCCCUUUCUUCCAAAUUCAGGAAGGAUGGUAAUUCAGAAAAAUCAGCAUAUAGCGGCCAUUCUGAUACAUAUGGAAACUCAUAGAUGGCGCGGGAGAAUUUAUCUUAACACUAAACUACAGAAUCAUACAGCAAAACGAAAGAAAAAAAGAAGAGAGCUUCGUUGCUUGGGGUCCUCCCCAUUUAGGCCAAGGAGACCAACCCCAGAUAGCAGUAAGAAAGAAUAAAACUCAUUCUUUGAACGGUUGGAGGGCAGAAUUGUUAGUUCUAUACCAAUGCCCACUGAGAAACAUAAUAAAGUUGUAAAAUAACAUAUAAGGGUAGCCUUUUUUUUUUCUGCCUUUUGCUUCCUAAAUGAUUACAGUAUGCAUAAAGCUUUCCAUCUUUUCUUUUUCCUGUUGUAUCAUGAUUGUCUUAACUGUUGAUUGGAACCAACUUUUCAUGCUUAAUUA